UGUUAAAAUUAAACACCUUAUUUUUUAAAAAAGGACAACUGUGAGAGUGCUGUGAAAAAAUUAUUUUCAUAACAAUUAACUAAAUUCAUUUUUUAUUUUUUAAUAUAUUUUUUUUACUGUUAACUACGUGUUCUGGAUUAGUUCAUUUCUCACGAUUUUUGAAAACUUUAAAACAUGUCAACGAUAACAACGUACAAAAACUUGCUUAUACUUAGUUUGGGUUUUUUCCUUAUACAUUCUGCAUUUUUGCCAAUUCAAAACAUUCAAGGAAGUCUUCAUAAAGAUCCUGCACUGGGUUUUGGAUCACUUACUGCUCUUUACGCAAGUGCAAUUAUAUCUUGUUGCUUUUUACCAAACCUUUUAAUGGCGAAGUUUAAACCUAAAAUUUUAACGAUCAUUUCCAUGAGUUCUUUUCCUCUGUAUGUUCUUGCUAACUUCAUGCCAGUAAUGGGUACAAUUAUGCCAGCAGCUAUUAUAUUUGGAUUAAGCACGGCUGUAAUGUGGACGUGUCAUUCAUCUUAUAUUACCACAAUUGCAACUAAUCAUGCUAAUUCAUUGAACCUUCCAAAAGACCCCGUAGUUUCAAAAUUUUUUAGCAUAUUUUAUGUUUUGUUCCAGUUUUCACAAAUUCUAGGUAACGGCGUGUCAUCAGCUGUACUAAUGAGUGCAAAUAAAGACAAAAUAAAAGGAAAUGUUAGUACUUCUAAUACGAGCAUAAGCUGUGGAUCCAAGUACUGUCCAUCAGUUAGCAUUGUUACAGAUAUUGAAACUAUUCAUAUAGACAUAGUUUACAAACUUAUGGGUAUUCUUCUUGGAUUAAGUCUUGUUGGUGUAUUAUUAGUUAUACUAUUCUUGGAUGCAUUGUGGGAAGAUACAAGAAACAACCAAUCUUUGAUAAAAUUAUGCAUUUCAACAAUUAAACAUGCAAAAAACCCAAUGAUUUUACUACUAAUUCCCAUUACCAUAUUUAGUGGAAUGGAUCAAGCGUUUGUGUUUGGUGAGUAUACAAAGACAUUUGUUUCUUGUUCUCUUGGAAUCGAUGUUAUUGGUUAUAGCAUGAUGUGUUUUGGCGCUGUAGCGUGUUUAGCUUCUGUUGCAAUUGGAUUAAUUGUAAAGUGGACUGGAACAUACUUAGUGAUGGUUAUAGGAAUGUUUUCAUAUUUGGGUCUAAUGUCAUGGUUUCUUGUCUGGAACACUGGAGCAUAUCCUAACUACACUUUUUAUGUUGGUGCCAUGGGCUGCGGUUUUACAACUGCAAUAUGGAUGUCUCAAUCCAAUGCAAUUUAUGGGGUAUACUUUCCCAAAACACAAGAAGCUGCGUUUUCAAUUUACCGUCUUUUUCAAAAUUUGGGCUUCACAAUUUCGUUUGCAUACGCAGACAUAUUAUGUACCUCCACAAAAAUUUACAUUUUGAUGGGUCUUCUCAUUUUUAGUAUGGUACUUUACAGUAUUGCUGAGUUCAAUUACAGAAAAAAUGUUAAAAAUACUUGCAAAGAAAAUAAAGAUGUUGUGGAAAACACGAAUUUGGAUGAAAAAUUUUAGAGUCUAACUUAAUAGAUAAUUAUCAUUUAUAUAAAAAUAACUAAAUAGAAAUUUCCAUUUAUAUUAAAAUAAUGCGAAAUUGUAAUUUUAAUUAAAAACAAUUAAAAACCAUUUGCAAAUAAAUUCUAUUAAUACAAUAUUGGUUUAAUAAAGUUGCUCACAGUGUUUAUGCAAUUUAACACUUAAUAUCUCACUUUCAGAAAGAGACUAAUUUAAAUUUGUAGCAUUUUUUUUUAUAUACACAGUUUAUUAAAUUAUACACAGUUCAUCAGAGAUUCUUACACUAACACAUAAUGGAUUUAGAUUUAAUUAUAAAAAUGAAAAUGAAUUUAAGCAAUAUUUAAGAUAGAAAUUAGUGUAUUUCUGAAGAAAAAAAAGUAAUUACCUUUUGGUGUGUUUUAUGCAAUUGAAAAUUUUAUGGAUUCUUUACUAAAUACCAUUGAAGCAGUUAAAGAACUUAAAGAAGAGUAUCAAAAAAAAAACUUUUGAUUGAAGGUAUUUAACUAAGCUAUCCGUUUAUCUUAAAAGAUGGUUGGUUACCUGAAGAGAACGAUAUUAAACACUGACUGAUAUUUUUUUGAAACAUUUACGCAUAUCACUGCAUAUUUGAGGAAAGUCCGCUUUAAAAAUUUUUUAAAUUAUAUAAAAGUAGUUUUGUAGG